CGGGUGUAUGUCCCGCUCGUCGCGGGCUUAGACCGACCGACGCGCGAAACAACGGGAACAGCCAGCGAGAUUCGGCGCGUUCACCUCGCUCGAACCAGCCCACCGCGGGGUUAUCGGCGUGCUAUAGGGUUCACGCGUGUUCAGCCCUCCCGUGGAAACCGGAUUCGGUACUGCACGGCAGUUUCGAGGCCCUCGGACCGGGUAACAAAUCGAUUCAGUGGCGUGAAAGAUCCGAGCCGAGCCUCCUUUUCUAUAAUUCGACCGAUCCGAAGCGGACGAUCUUUCGUGGGACGCGUUGCCUAUCGCGCGAUAAGUGACUCGUGAUGACAGGAUUAUUCCCUAAGAAAAGAUGCUCGAACUCGAGGACGACGGGCCACCGAUGCACGAGAUAACCGAGGGACUCCGGCAGACUUCGGCCGCGAGAGACGCGGUCGUCAUCGAUUAAUUAAGCGGCAGUCGAGUGGACAAAAAUUACAUCAAGGUUGGGAGAACGCAGGCUGUUUCCGGGUGACGCCGCGAGGAAGAUUGAUUGCGUUAAAGUGGAACUGGUGCACGAUCCUCCUCGUUCCCGCAGCCGAUCGGGCUGCGUUUCCAGCCCGCGAAUCAAUUCUCUGCGCGACACCGUUGUGUGCCGGUCGAGGGAGUAACAAUUAUCUCCCGGUGUCCCCGGGAUGGAAUUCCGCAGGAUCUCUGCGAGUCCUGAGGGCCGGAUCAGCAGAUAACGGGUGCCCCGAGGAGCUUUCUCUUCCGGUGACCCUGCGGUCGGGAAAAAAUCGAUGGGAACCAGUUCCCUUUCUCUUCGUCAGCUGCGGGACCCAGUCGCUUGUCACGAAAAUCGCCUCUCUCGCUCUCCGGGAGUCAUCCGAUGCCUCGGACACGGUUCGCCGAAUAACAGAAUCCUUUUAACGCGUUGAACCCAGGGAUCGCUGUAACCUGGAGCAAGCAAGGCGGCCGAGACUUCAGCAUGCGUCCGCAGCGAACAAUCGAUCGCAGCUUCGACAAUAAUUGGCAAAGCCGAUGCGGCAGCCUCCUCCUCGGCGUCUAAACUGCUGCUCGCUCCUUGGUAAUGCACCGUGAAACGGUCGCUGCGUGCUCCAAGAUCCCGGCUGAUUGUCUCGAGCAUGAAAGGCACGCGUGACUCCUGAGCAAACCAGGUCGAUGUUCCAGCUGCCCGGCUAAUUAAUACUUGCUAGACGCUGACAUACCGCGAGGAAUGAUCGGUGUCCCGACGUCGGCUCGCGCGAUCUCUGUUCCCGGAAGCUCGCUCGCGAAACAGGAACCGGCCGUUCACCAGUCUUUUUUACGGGCGAGCCAUGGUGUCCAGUGACGCGGUCGUUCAUCAGUGUCGGCGGAAGGUAGCUCGAAGAGAGCAGAAUGCCUGGUCCUAGGAUCGAAGAAGUUGUAAAUAGUUGUUAUGGUCUAUGGCGAGAGCUUGUCCCGAUUCCUCGGAGAAUAGGAAAUCUGAUUUAAUCGUCUCUGGAAAUUGACGCGAUCCCUGCAAACGGAUUUUUAUACGUUCCACGGUGACAGCUACUCUCGGAUCUACUUUGUUACGCGCGCCGACGAAACUCUGUCGUACCCGUUAAACGAAACUUCUUCGUCCAACGUUACCUAUGUUAGAAACAUAUAAACAAGGGGCAGGUGUUCUCCUCGCGGAAGGGAAGAAUGGUUAACACGAUCUGACAAUACGGGGAGCCAGACGAUCGUCGCCACAGAGCCGUCCGGGGUCGGAACGUGUGUCGAACAUGCAUGGUUUUAGUAGGUCACCUCGGGGGGAGAAGAAAGUUCAUAACUCCGGAACUUGAGGAAGCUCUGCAUCAGCGAGUGCGCCGGACGGAAAGCGUAAACAACAUUUUGGAAAUUCAUUCGUUCCCAUCGGAGCAGCGGGGAAACGUCGGCGGGAGAUAUUCGCUCGGAUGGAUGAAGUUUCCAGGGAGGACCGAUUUAAAGAGGACGCCUUUGAACGACCCGGACAAUAAGUAUUGUGACGAUGUUGGAAUAUCGACGACGCGAUCGCGCCGGGAUUUAUAGAAGACAAUUUUUCCCAUCGCCUCGACUCGAGAAUAAAUGUUAAGAGAGCAUGAGCGUUGGGAAAUCGGCGAUCAAUUUGCUCGCGCCAUCAGAGAUAUUGUGAAUUGAUACGUCGAAGAGGAUUCCGUUAAUAAAGACGGAUGAAUAAUACCGAGAUGUCGGAGGACUGACGGAUUUCAUGGAGGUCGCAUAAGUGGAUUUCAGGAUCCAGACAAUAAAACGACGCUGCUUUCUUUUCGCCACCUCGCGAAGUAACAUGUUCCAUGACCGAAGAGAUGACGGCGAACCGACAAUACUGUAGUUUGCAUAUUUCUCUGCAAAUGCAAUGCGAGAUUGUCUGUAUGAACAGAGUAUAAUGGACGGGUAACGUAGUUUCUUUCGCGACUGAAUGGAAAAAUAAAUCUCCUGAGAGAGCGAAUGAUGAAGCGGCGAUAAAUCAGUUCGCGCGCAUUCUGGUGAAAGUUCGGAGUGGAAUCAAGCAUUCGUUGUGACAAUAAAAUCCUGAACUCCGAAACACAGCGAUGAAAAGUCGGGUUGCGCGAUUUCGAGCGUGAUUGGAUUAAUCACAUAGCAAGCUUCUGCGAAAGAUUCUUUUCCGCUAAUAAAUCAGGAAAUAUUAACAAAAUCGUACCUUGAAAAGACUGUUAUAAUUAUGUUAACUCUGAGUCUAAAAUUAUGAGUUUGCAACUGAAUCUUGUAAAGAUUGCACCAUAAAUCGGUUUAUAUCUAUGUUCCCAGUGAAGGUUCGAAGUGGACUGAGAAUUUAGUCGGACAAAAAUAUAUAUAAAAUAAUCUCGAGAAUAUCAUAUUUUGCAAAUAAAUAUUCUGAAAUCGUAUCUUAAGAAAUCGGCGAUAGAUCGGUGAUAAAUCGAUGAUAAAUCGGUGAUAGAUCAGUGAUAGAUCGGUGAUAAAUCGGACAAUAAGUUCCAAGUGAAGAUUUGAAGUGAAACGAAACAUUGGUGACCCGCUUUCUCUAGCACCGAUGGAAGCCAAAAUGGAAAAAUAAAUAUCGGAAAACGUUGUAUUAUACCUUGAAAAAUCGGUGAUAAAUCGGUUCGUAUGUUCCAAGCGUAAUUGAAAAUAUCUCGAGAACGCGUCGAGAUAAGGAAAUGAACGGGCAAGUGCUUCGGGAGGGGAAGCGCUGAAAAACCGCUGCUGAAUUAAUUCGCAGGUUCUCGGUGAAGGUUCAAAGUGCAAUGGAAUCGUUGCGGCGUCACCUUCCGAGUGAACUCUGACGCGGAUAGGAGGGUGGGUGGUGCGUCUUGUCGAAACCGGGGCGAGGUGAUUAAUCGGCACUGCGGAUACGUCGGCGAGUCGACGCGACCGGAAUCGUCCGCGUGAUUCUCAUCUGCUUAGACCUUCCUUCGCUGCAGACGAAGAGCUCGCACACGGCCGAUGAGGAGGAGACCCGAGGCCGAGAAGAAAAUCUAAAGUGGAACCGCGACGACGGGGAGGCGAGCCAGCAACGACCUAGAUGCGCGACGCAAGAAAGAAGUAGGAAACGACAAUAAUUAGGAGAGAUUAACUGCAGGCACGACAAUAAACACGUAAGACUGACGGGAAUCGAUUAGUCGUCGGAGAUAGAGAAGGAAACCGGCAAAAGUGCUGGAAAAGGAGGUCUGCUGAAACAAAACGAGCAACAAAGAGAGAGAAACUAGAGGAGUAGCGAAGAGCGUCGAUGAAGAGGAUCGUACAAAAUAUAUUUUCGUCGAGCGUUUUCACGGCUUUUUUUUGUGAGACGGGAAUCAUCGGCCCCUAUCGAACGGAUGUAAAGUAGAUUGUGAUGGGUCACGAGAAACGACAGAUUCGUAAGGGAGCCUGGGAAAAAAUGUUCGACCGUGUCUGAGAGAGGAAAGACGCUCAGGAGACCCUGCGCAGAGUUUUCAAUCGAAAAAGGACGCCACCGCGGCCGGACCCAUAGAAAAGGAGAGAUGUCACUGAAUCACAGAUACUACGUAACUACCGUGCCGGACGAGGGUGACCACAGUUUCAAGAUGCCAAGGGCUUCGGUGGUGCACAUGACGUCGACGGCGACGAGGCCGCAGCACAUGUCGCAGGUGUUAGCCACCCUGGCUCUGUCGAUGGGGACACUGUCGUCGGGCCUAGCGAAGGGUUACACCUCGCCGGCCUUAGAUUCUAUCCUGGACAACCAGCCCCCUCAUUUGUAUCAGUCAGCGAACGAUACCUGGUCGGCUUUCUCCGUGACGCAACAAGAAGCCUCCUGGGUCGCAUCUUUAUCGAUGCUCGGUGCAUGGUUCGGCGCUAUGAUCGGCGAUUGGAUAAUGAGAAGAGGACGUCGGCUGGCGCUGCGUUCCACAUCGAUGCCUUUGGCGGCGGUUUGGAUCUUCACGGGCAUCGCGCCUUGCGUCGAACUGGUCUACGUCACCAGCUUCAUCGGAGGACUUUGUUGUUCGGUCAUCACCAUGGUCGCUCAGGUGUACAUAUCGGAGAUCUCCAUGCCGGGUAUCAGGGGCUGCCUAUCGGCGAUGCUGAAGGUUCUCGGUCACGUCGGCGUGUUAUUGUCGUACAUAGCUGGCACGUACCUAAACUGGCGUCAAAGCGCGCUUUUGGUGGCAGUAGCGCCGUCGAUGCUCUUUCUGGGGACGUUCUUUAUACCGGAGACACCGUCGUACCUCGUCCUCAACGGGAAAGACGACGAGGCUGCGAACAGCCUGCAGUGGCUGCGCGGCGAUCACGUCGACAUAAGACACGAGCUCCAGGUGAUCAAGACGAACAUAUUGGCAUCCAGAGCGAAGCAGUACGAGCUCACGUUCAGAAACAGCAUGUUCACGCCCAGGCUGUAUAAGCCGAUCGCGAUCACGUGCGGACUGAUGUUCUUCCAGCGGUUUUCCGGCGCGAACGCGUUCAAUUAUUACGCGGUGAUCAUCUUCCGGCAGACGCUGGGCGGGAUGAACCCCCACGGAGCGACCAUCGCCAUUGGUUUCGUGCAACUGCUGGCCUCUUUGUUGUCAGGAUUUCUGAUCGACAUCGUGGGCAGGCUACCGUUACUGAUAGCCAGCACCGUGUUCAUGUCGUUGGCGUUGGCUGGUUUCGGCAGUUACGCGUACUACAUGUCCCAGACGCAGAAUCUAGGGUAUCCAGACACCGCGGUGGUCGGUCAACACGACUGGAUACCGUUGCUCUGCGUGCUCGUCUUCACGACUGCUCUGGCUCUGGGCAUAUCGCCAAUUUCGUGGUUAUUGAUUGGCGAGCUCUUUCCCCUGGAGUAUCGCGGCCUCGGCUCGAGUAUCAGCACGAGUUUCAGCUACUUCUGCGCGUUCGUCGGGAUUAAACUCUUCAUGGAUUUUCAGCAGACGCUGGGACUGCACGGCGCCUUCUGGUUCUACGCGGCGGUGGCGGUGUGCGGGCUGUGCUUCGUCGUCUGCUGCGUCCCGGAAACGAAAGGCAAACAACUGGACGAGAUGAACCCGGACUACGCGCAGGCUCGGUAGUAUAAGGCCUCGUUGACAGGUGGCCUGUCAAAUUUGGAGAAGGCGAACAAGCCCUUACCGGGCGGAGCCUAUCCCAACCAACACGAUCCGCGGGAUCUGUACAAUGGGAGGGCCGCCAGGGACUCGCAGCCAGCGAGCUCCUAUCAAACGACCGGCCGAAGCGGUCGCAAGCUGUCCGAUUACUGCAGCAUCUUCGCCGAGAAGACGAACAGGAUCGGCAGGAACGUGGGCAACUUCAUCCACUCUCGCGGCUUCUUCGCGGGCCGCUGGUCCACCGACGAGGGUAGCAAUCCGGAGGCGGCGGUGGCGGCGGCGGCGCACAGAAGCAACGGCAACGCGAUCCGAACCGACUAUCGGCUGCCGGAUCAGCUGGAAGACAGAGGAAACGGGCGCGAUGCGAGCCGCAACCGCUACGCUCUGCCGGAGAGGAAUCACCGCGACAGAUCCGUCUACCCGAAGAGCGUGUACCCCCAAGCGAGAAGCGCCGACGCGAAUUACGUGGAUCGUAGCGCGGAGACGCAACCGAGGCGACCGAGGCGGCGCGAGUUAAUGGACGCCUACCAGGAUCUGGACACCUGGCCGGCCGGACCAAGCGACUUAAGCGGCUCGAAGCCGAUCGCCAGGAACGGCAUUAGUCACGGCAGGGCCGAAAGGUUCUACAGCUCCACCCUGCCCAGGCGGAGCAGGACUAUCAAUUUCAGGGAUCAGCCGGGCUCCCUGGAAUCCCGGCGCGGCUAUCCGAAGAGCCUCCAAGAUCUCUCCGACCUGGAGCUGGACGACGGUAUCCGGGAUCAUCGGGGCACGCCCUCUUUCCUGUCGGCCGACAGAACGUGGCGGGACGACAGAACGGAAGAGGAGAGGAUAGAGGGUAAUCGGCGACGAAAGCUUCAUCGCGAGGAGCAACUGGAAGACGACUAUCUGAGACUGUACAGGAGCCUCUCGAGGCUGGACAAAUAUUCCCCGGGUGGGAGGUACGAGCCGGGACAGGUGCACUACGAGAGAGAGUGCCGGACAUUCGGCAAGGACACCGUCGCGUUCAUUUAUUAUAAAACUUGUUACUUGUGAUGCACGAGGACGGGUGACAGGAUCGAUGGCCGGGAUCGGAUCGUCGCGAUGCCGCCACGGCUAACGAGGACGUUGAUCCUGAUCGGUGACUCGGUCCUCCGUAACCUCGGUGUUCCGAUGCGUGCGAUCGAUAUUCGGUUCUGUCGAAUCGGUGUGUCGUGUCUCGUGACCAGUAUAGCGUAGUUACGGGUUUCCUCGAGAUGUCUCUCCUUUAGAAUUCACUCGAUUCUGCUGUCGUUUCUUUGCUGCGUCGAGAGAGGAAACGGGGAAAGAGGGGACGAAGUCUUGAUUUCUGCCGAGAGAAGAUCUCAUUAGCGGUGACUUUAGGUUGCUAAGUUCCUUGAAGAUCGAUCCGGGGACCGGUUCGAUCGGCGAGUCCGCACUCGACGACGGCAACCCGUUAUCGAUAUAUAUAUAUACAUAUAUUAUAUAUCGUUGAUCGAAGAUCGGGUAAUUGAUCGGUUGGUAUAGUUUCAGGAUUAUUAUUCCAAGCGACAUUCUAAAGGCUCGUAAUCAAAAGUGUACAAUUUCUGAUAUCCAUUUAGCGUCUAGGUAGAGGGUAACUUGGUAAGCGUGCAGCGACAAGAUCGACGUUCGUUUUCUGUCUGACCAGUUUCUCUGCUCAUAACGUGCUCGUCGCGCGAGCCGUCGACGGGCCACGAUCUCUCCUUUUAGAAAGGUACAUAUACUCGACUGAACCACGCGAUUUUGUAUUAGCGAUCGUCUUCGUAUUUGCCUUGAGAACGUCGAGCCAGCGUAUUUUGACCAAGACGCGUUAUUACAUUGAAUUUAGCGUACAGCCAUGUUAUUUUCCGGGAGUCGGCCGUCGGAACGAACACCUGCGGACUGUAUACACACGCAGGGUGUCCCGAAAGUGAUGACACCGAUGAGAACCGUGAACGGCGAACCGUCGGAAACGCGGAAUAUCAUUUUCUCUUUCUGGGAAAUCGAAAUCGAAAACUUGUUCGACGCGCCGAUUAUUAGACAGAAUAGGGUGACAUGGGCAAAGAGGAUAUAUCGUUCUAAAAUUAUUCUAAUCGUUCUGAUCAUUAUAUUCUAUUGAACUACAAGAUUACGUCUGUUUUCCUUUUUUUCAAAGAAAAUACGAAACCUUGUUCGUUUUCUAAAUUCUUUUCUAUCUUAUCGGAUGCUGCUACGAGAUUAUUGUCCCAAGCUAGUUACGUUCGUUUUCUUGCAAUGGCAAUUUUCCGAUCUUCGUAUUUUAAACUAGCAUACUUAACUUCCCACGCGGAACGACAAAAUAACGUGAAUAACGAAUAUCAUGAAUCGGUGAAGCGGUAGAUUCUUCGUUAUCCCAGUCAUUUAUUUCUCACGUUCGACCAUGCCACUCUAUCUCUCGAAGCGCCAUAAAACAAGUUUCCGAACCAGACUUUCCCAGAAACAAGACUUGAAAUGAUCAUCUAUUCGCGUCACCAGUUAGGGGUACACCGUGUACAUCCGCGCUCGAAAGGGCCCUUCUCGUCGGGACUAAAACGAACGCUCUUCCGUGCAACGUGCCUUCUCAGAGAGCACGAAACAACUUCUAGGCGUGCCGGUGUCGCCGGCACGUCAUUGUACAUACACGAAAACGAGGGGAGGACAGCGUGUAGCUAGUCGUAAAACACUUAGAAAUAGGCUCGAUAGACUGAUCCGUCGUUGAUCGUCGACGUUUCUCUCGGAGUGUCCGCGAUGCGACCUGACGAUGCAGCUUUGCGGCGCAAUUUUGCGGUGCAGCUUUGCGAUGCAGCAGGUUCGCGGAACAACGCGUGCUGGGAUCUCGACACGGGACAAUACGCGAAUAGAGAGAAAGAGAAGAAGAGAGAGAGAGAGAGAGAGAGAGAGAGAGAG